AUGGGUGUUCUAUUCUUUAUAAAUUUUCUACUAUUGAUUCGAACGGAUUUUUGUUACGAUAAUCUUAGCAGAAAAAACACAACACAGCUCUCACAAAGUUCGACGUACAAUGAUAGAGAUGCUUCACUUGCAAACGAUGGUGUACUAAGGACUACAGAAAAAUACUGUGCCCAUACAGCUCCUUGGAACACUAAUUCACCGGCUUGGUUUCAAGUGGAUCUUGGAAGGCCAUACAGCAUAAAAAGUGUAAAAAUAUAUUACAGAAAAGAAGGUGAUCAACAAAAUGACUGGAAGCAGUUUAGAUUUAGGCAAUUUUAUUUGGAUGUCUCAGAUUCACCAGCAGCAUCGACUACCACAAGUCAGCGAACCCGAUGUUAUACUGACAAUUCGACUUAUCCAGAUUUACCUGACAAUAUAAUUGAUAUUCCGUGUGAACAGACAGUAAGAUAUAUAAUUGUGGAAACCAAGUACAUCUCUAUUGAAUCCAGAGAUACCAGUCCUAUCCUGGAAAUUUGUGAAAUAGAAGUUUACGGUUGUGAUAUCGGUUAUUAUGGCCUAUUUUGUUCCUCUUGUGGGGAUUGUGAAAACUGCAACAUUGAAAAAGGCUGUUUUGUGAUCAAGAUACUGGCCAAUGUAAUAGAGGUUGCAAAAAUGGAUUUUAUGGUUCCUUCUGCAACAUGUCAUGUAGUUCCAAUUGUGCACCGACUGGCUGUAAUACCAAAAAUGGAGCUUGUAUCGGAGGAUGUCAAUCAAACUGGACAGGAAUCAAGUGUGAUGAAUGUGACUCAGAACAUUACGGGUUUGAUUGUUCCAAGGAAUGUACGUCUUCAUGCAAAAAUGGAUGCAACAGAAACAAUGGUAGUUGCAAAAAUUGUAUUGAUGGAAAAUUUGGAGUCACUUGUCAAAAAAGAUGUGGAGCAGGGUGCAAUUCCAACUGUGCUCAAAAUGAUGGAAAAUGUACGUGCAAAACAGGCUGGCAAGAGGACUUUUGUGAUGGUAAAACACGAAAAAGACAUCAAUUGA